CAUGAUCCUUUAGCAUUCCCCGUCCCUGGGUCGAAGCCUCUGAGCACAAACAGCUACGGCAGGUCCCUCUGGGGUCAGACUGGAAAGAUCACAGCUGAGCUCCCGAACGGCAAGCUUCAAAACUACUUUCUGAAAGUAAGCGACGAUGGUACGCAUAACAACGCGUCAGAACGGUCAUCAUGUUUAUGUAUCUGCAGACCGAGAAGCUCGGAGAUACCGGCCGAGUCAUGAUGCAGGGCGAGUACGAAUCACUCAAGGCAAUGCACGCUGUUUCUCCGAGCCUAGUCCCAGAACCGUACGGCUGGGGACAGUACGAUGACGACCCGGAAACCUACUUCCUUCUGGCCGAGUUCCGAGACGUUGGCGAGCAACCGCCACACCCGGUGAACUUCACGAGGCGCCUGGCAGAAAUGCACAUCAAGUCGGUCUCACCGACGGGCAAAUUCGGGUUUCACAUCACGACGUGCCACUCCAAGCUGCCGCAGAUCACCGACUGUUGGGAAGACUCUUGGGCCGUCCUCUACCGCAAGCAGCUAGCCCAUAUGAUCAAGCUCGAUGAAGAGAAACACGGCCCGUGGCCGGAGUUCAAGAUUGUCUGCCAGCUCGUGCUCGACAAGGUGAUUCCCAGACUCCUGGAGCCUCUCCAAUCUGGUGGCCGCAGCAUCAAGCCGUGCCUCGUUCACGGUAACCUGUGGGACGAGAACUGCGCCGCGGACAUGGUUACCGGUGAGCCGUUCAUCUUUGAUGCCGGGUCGUUUUACGCCCACAACGAGUACGAGAUCGGGAAUUGGAGAGCUGUGAGGCAUAGACUGAGCGCCACCCGCUAUGUGAAAAACUAUUUGCGGAACUUCCCUCCUUCUGCGCCUAAGCAUGAAUGGGACGACCGAAACCUUCUGUACUCCCUUCGUUUUGAUCUCGGGACCGCCAUCCUGAUUCCCUCCGAGCAGCGCCAGAUUGUCAAAGAGAACAUGACAAUUCUGUGCAAGAAGUUCUUUCCCAAUGAGUACGCGGCUCUGCAGAACGGCUUGAUUGGGCUUCCUCUGCGCGCGAACCCGAGCUUGCGGCGCGCCGCCACGUACUCCGAAGACCAGCAGGUAGAUGAAGAGGAAGAGGACGAGACGCAGUUCGAAGAAAACGAUGAGGAAGACAUCGAGGAGGAGACAGCUAGCAAGCUCUUGGAUAUGGAUGCCAAGGAUGACUGGGACGAUCAAACUACCGUGGUCGAUGAAGACCAGCAGCCUCGGUCAAGGUUGUAAUCACGUAUCACAGGACUCAUCAAUGGCACGUUCCCGUCUUCAAAAUUAACUGUUAAUAAUCGCAAGAACGCUUAGACUGCGGCUAACCGCGCC